CUUACAGCCAUAUUCAGGAUGACCAGUACUUUGUCACUUACACCAUUGAGCCCAUGCUUGAGUUGCUGUGGAUCGAGGAGAUCGCACACGAGGACACCAGCUAUAAAGUCCUCUUCCCUAUCACAACACCUCCGAUGGCCAGGCCUCCACAAGUUCGCAACUACACGCCCUUAGACACAGUUCCUGAGCUGGCAGUGUUUGUGCUUGAGUUGGGGACCUUCAACCUUGAUGUGGAGCUGCUGAACAUCACCUUUCCCACCAUGGUGCUAACUGUUGCAGAGUGCAACGCCAGGGGCUUCAAUGUUCAGGAGCAGAGAUCCCCGGACAACACCUUGAAGACCUUCAGGAUGGAGGUGCCCUUCUCAGACCCGGUGGUCUUCAAGGAGAGAAGGGCGGAACAAGGUGUCACAACCUUCACUCUUCAGCUGAUCUACGGCCUGGUCAUCUUUCCAGAGUACGCUCCUUUCUCUCACUCUGCCGUUGUGGACGCUGUACUGCUGGACAUUGUGCCACCCUCAGUCACUGGCAACUGUGAUCAGGAGAACUUCCACAUCACUGUGGACUACAGGAACCAAGAGCCCUUUUUUGUGGUCUUGGUUGGCAAGCGGCUGCUUAACCAUGAGUUUGCUCAACAGUAUUUAACAGAGGGCGACACAGACUUCACCAUCACGUUGCCCUUCUCUUCGCCGGACGCAGUGUUUGAGUCGGUUCACUCGUCCUCUGUCAGGAGCAGACUGGAUGUGGCUCUGUUGAAUCCUUACAACAACAUGACCAUCAAAUACUUUUCCCUGGCUUGCAGCUUCCUCAAAACGCUGACUGAGUGUUUCUCUAACGGAACGAUGACUGCGCUGGCGGUGAAGGUGGAUUCUGUUCCCGGUCUGAACCCCGGUCAGCUGACCCUGAGCGACCCCGCCUGUGGUCCCACCUACAGUGACGAUCGCUUUGCCUACUUCCACUUCACUGUGAACUCCUGUGGCACCAUCAGGAAGUUUAUCAACAAUGUCAUGCUGUAUGAGAACGAAAUCUCCUUGCCAGAUGAACUUGAGGUGAAGCUGAAUGCCACAACGUCUUCAGAGGAGGAAUAUCAGUUAAAGGUUUCCUGCUACUAUGUGGCCAACAUCACUCGCACAUUGGCCUUCCUGACCAGGCCGCGUGACAACGAGCCUUUUGCCGAGACUGGGACGGGUCGACUAAUGGUCAGAAAGAUGCUGAUGAAGCAGUUUUUGGUGCUCCAGAGACAAGGCCUCCUGAUUCAUGUCCCUCACCACACCACCGUGGAGGACAUGAGCAACUGGCUUGUUAAGAACAAGUCCCUGGAGCGGUGA